GUGACUUUAAGUUAUCACGGUUAUGAAAAGUUUUGGAUUAUUAUGAGAUUGUGUUUAUAAACAGCAAAUAUUUCUUAAUUUGUGGACGUAUAUUUUUUCCUAUGGCAAUAUGAAAUGGGAUUGACUAUAAUGAUUAAUAUUUAUUCUAUUCUGUUGGGUAAUGAUUUUUUUCUCCUGUAACUCUUCCCAGACUCAGGGAGCCAUCAUGACAUGAUCGGAACUUGGAUUUUUCUGGAUUUAGUGAUAUAAAAUUGUGUCAUUUUGUGCAAUUUUUUCCAAUAUGUUGUUCUUUGACAUUUAAACAUGAUUGUUUCUUGUAUAAACAAACAUUUAUGGUAGACUUGAAGGGCUCUAAACUUAAUGGAAAUGUUAUUUCUAAAGAUCAAAGGAUACAUUAUUGGUUUCAUAAUUGUUAAGGUCAUAAAUCACUAGUAUUACCCUAUAAAGGCAUUGUAGUCUCGUGUGGUUUAUUAACUGGUACAGCUGCUGCAUUUAUAUAUUGCAAUAGAUAUGUUUUCAUUGCAUCUUUUAUUGAUCAAUAAUAUAUAGGGCUGUAUUAUAGUCUCGAAUAUCAUUAUACGGAUGAAAGCAUGACUAUAAGGAAUUUAAUUGAGAUCACUAUAGCCAUCUAAUCCUCGCAACAACUGAAAAAUUUUGUCAUAUGAAGUGACUUUCGUGCCAAAUUUCAUCAAGAUCUUAAAGGGAUUUUACAUGAAAGAGAAUGGAUUAUACAUAUUAUUGGAGAGGUAAUCAAGAUAAUGCAACAGCGUGACUCUCAAUUUCUCAUUGUGAAUCGGAUAUGCUGAUAAGGAAAUUCAAAGGAUUACCAAAUGGGGGUGGAAACGGAAUCCAUGAAAAUCGCUCGAAGCUCAAUGGAGGAAAUCGAGGUGUUUAAAAACGCGGAUUCUCCGACCGGGGAGCGUAUAAAGCUCUUCAUAGAUGAGUUAGAGCCGAUAGAGGUUGCUGGGGGAUCUGGACAUUUAGAGAUGCCCCCUCGGCUUCCUGUGCUUCCCCUGCAGGCCUGUGUGGGGCCAGGUGACCUUGACUUUGACCUUGAUUUUAUGGUCAACCUUGAACUUGACCCUGAUGUUGAAUAUCAUUCAGGCCAAGAGGUACAGCGUAUCAGUGUCAUCAACAAUCUGCCAGACCUGCUACGUGACAGCCAUGCAGACUGUAUGCGCAGGGUCGUUCCAAAAGUCAGGGAGGUUUUGCAUGUCGCCCAGGCGGACAUGCAGCUCGCCGCGUCGUCAGCGUUCAUCCAGAUCUUGCGGAAGGACCUGGUUCCUGUGCAGAAUUAUGCGCAGACGUUUCUACAGACCAUUCUCUCCAGCGUUGACAACAAGGACCCAGUGAGAGAUUGGGAGAUAGCGACAGCGUGGCUGGACACUCUACUUGAUGUGAUUGACUUGCUGCCCAAAGAUAUAAUAAAAAAAGAGAUUCUAACCAUUGCAAUAGAGAAGGGCCAGCUGUCACAGCCAGUACAGACCAGGCUCUCAUGCUGUAAAAUCCUCGGAAAAAUCGCUACAAGAUUUGAACCCUUUGUGAUAAAGAAAGAGAUCCUGCCGGUAGUUCAGUCGCUGUGUCAGGACGUGGAGUAUGAAGUGCGGGGAUGUAUGUGUCUACAACUGGAUCCCGUGUCCAGAGGGUUGGGGCUAGAGGCAACUAAAAGUGCAAUACUGCCAGAGUUGGUGGAGUUGACCAAUGAUGAAGAGAGUUACGUUCGCAUAGCGGGACUUCAGACUGUGGUCAAUAUUCUCACUCUCGUCGAUGAAGACACAUGUAGGGCAACAUUGAUACCUCUGGUGUGCAAGUUCUGUCAGCAGGCAAUGAAAACGGAAGACGUCACGCUUCCUAUCGUUGCCAAGGAGAUCGGCAGACUGGCACACGGCUUUCUUGCGUACUUGACUGAAGAACAGAAACUAUGGUUUGUGGAUUUCUUCAAGUCAAUGUGUCGGGUCGGGCUGUCGGAAAACAAACAGAACAAGAAUAAAGAAGCGGAGAAAGACUCACCAACUAAAGAUCAGGGUUCGGUAGAACUAUUUGUGCCAGUAUUACCAGACAUUCUGGAACUUGAGGAGAGGGUGAUAGAAACUCGAAGAAACUGUGCAUUUAACUUCCCAGCAAUGGUUAUGUUUGUUGGGGCGAAGUCUUUCAAGGCAGAGCUGGGGACGUGUUUCUCUCACCUGUGUAAGGAUCCAAACGUCGAAGUCCGUAAAACGCUCUCCUCAGGGUUUCAUGAAAUAUCGGGCAUGAUGGGCUCCCACGUAAACAAUCUCCUUGGUGACUUGAUAGUUCUUCUGAAGGACGAGAACACCGAGGUCCUCAAGGGCGUGGUCACCCACCUCCCAGACACAAUCACCUCAAUAUGUGGGCCCCUCACUCACCAGGCCAUGCAUGAAGCCAAGCAAAACCAGAUAGCGGACAUCAUUCCUGCAAUUCUUUCCGCUGAGUUGGUGAUAGCCUCAUCCAAUGACUGGCGUCUUCAGGAGAUGAUUGUCGAGCACUUUCGUUGUUUUCAGUACCUCACAAACAGCGAGAAUAUCUACAACAAAAUCAUUCCAGUCCUAAUGAGAAAAUUGAGAACAGCGCGAGCGAUGCCAGUUCGGCUAGCUGCUACUCGAUCCACUCUAUCCUUGGUGAGAAAUAUCAAGAAAAUGGAACAACGCUCCAACAUUCUCUGUACACUUGUAGAAGAUUUCUGUCAUGGAUAUAGCUGUCGCAAUAGGAGUUUAUUUAUAGACAUUUGUCGAGUGACUAUAGAAUAUUAUUCAAAGGCAUAUUUUAAAGAAACGUUUUUUGAAUCGCUAGUGAGUCUUCAUACGGACCCAAUACCGAAUAUUCGCUAUAGGUUGUGUUCAGUGUUACCGGAUUUGAAACGAAUAAUAAAGUUACCUAGUGAUAAAAUGCUCCAUCAGUUGUUGGAUAGUUGUGUGCGUAGACUUUUAAUAGGAGAGAAAGAUAGAGACGUCGCUCUGGCCGUGAAAAUUGCAGUGGAGGAAAUGGACAAAAUACCAGUUCAGAUGGAAUCAGCAUUAACUCGGCGUAUCAUGAUGGAAGAAGAUGUUGAAGACCAGAAAAAAGAAGCAGAUGAAAAACGACUCAUAGAGCUUGAGGAACGCGAGUUAAAAAAGGAAGAGGAGGCAGCCAAGGCAAAAGCUGACAAAAAGGGCAUGAAGGACAACGCUUCAAAAAUACCGGCGCCGAAAAAGAGCAAGGGCUCAGUCUGUGGUAAAUCCGAGCGCGAGUCUGCAGGAAUAAAACGGACACCCAGCACUACAAAUUCCACAACCAGUACCUCUACCACAGUUAAAGCAAAUACUGAGACGGAAUCACGGAUUCCUCUUGCUAACCGCUCAAAGUUAGCGAGAACAAAGUCAGGAAUGAGAACUAAGAACGCUCAAGUGAAAAAUGACUCUGCAGCUAGCAAGCUUUCUUCUACAAAGACAAGUAGGUCAGGGGUCAGUGGGGUUCCGACCCCCAGCAGUGCAGGGUCAAGAAAGAGCUCAGUAUCAAAAAUGGCAGCGUCUGAGGGCGCGCAACGCCGAGCCUCGAUAAGCAGUCCCCCCAUUUCGGUGACAGAAAAGGGUGCCGUACGAAAGAAUAGCAACGGAAGCAUUCCUGUAAAGUCAACGAAGAAAACCAAAUGAUGACAUCAUGUCUGGCCAGUUUGGUGUUCCCAAAUGAAGCAUAAUAUUUACACUAUGUGCAACUAAACGGCAAUGCAAUUUCGCCCCACUCCGCAUUUAAUGUCCAUUAAAAGUCAUGUGCUCAUUUGUGAUUGUAUAUCGGAAGUUCGGACAGUGAUUUUACAUCCUGCGUGAACAUGUUUCUGGGAUAGAGGCUGUUAUGAAGCAGUCCAAAAAUGAGAUUCUAGAUGUCUGAAAUCAAUGUGAUCAUAAACUGGUGACCUUGACAGUGUUAGCUUGUGACCUUGACAAUGAAAACUUAGGACCUUGACAUUGUCAAGGUUAAAAAAGGAGGAGGAGGCAUAUGAGUGUAGUUUGUAGCUCAAAGGAUGUUUUAACAGAUUCGACAGUGACUGUGAACAUGCAUUUAGUCACAGAAUUGUAACAGGAAAGUUUGCGAUGUGAAAGGCAAGGAGAAGAUGUAUAGAAAAUGGACAAGUGCAUGAAUGUGACAGCCUAUCUGUGGAGAUACUUUCUGUGUGAUUCAUGGUGUAAAAUGAUGGUGGUCGUGGUCCUUAAAUGGGAUAUGACCAUGUGGAUGUAUUGGUGCAGAGUUUUGGGGAGUAAUUUUCCCUUAUUUUUAUGACAAAUGGAGCCAUGACAGUUCUUACUGUGAUAAUUACAGAAAUGGAGCAUUUAUCACAUGUGGCCUGAUUUAUCACAUGAUGGUGAUAUUUCAAUAAAUUGAGCAUUUAUCGCAUGUGACUUAAAUGAUCACAUGAUGUGAUAUUUCCAUAAAUGGGGCAUUUAUCACAUGUGCCCUGAAUGAUCAUUAGUGUGAUAAUUCAGUCAAAUGAGUAUUUAUCGCAUGAACGAAGUGACAUGAUCUGUGAGAUAUUUUGGUAAAUGGAUCAUUUAUCACACAUGAUCUGAUCGAGUGAUAUGAUUCCCAUAAAUAUGAGUGUGAUAUAUCUGGAAAUGGGGAUCCAGUGAUAAUAUUAUAAUGAUGAUCAGUUGUAAACAGUUUGAUGUGAAAGGGGCACUUCAAUCAUUUUAUAUCCAUCUGAACAAUGGAUUUUUUUUUAACAAAUCUUAAAAUUACAGCAUCUGUUCUAGAUGCUAUUUGCUCUUUCCACGACAUUUGCACCGUCAGAUUUUCUUGAAUCUAAAAUAUAAGUAAGCUGUUACCAACGUGAUAGAGUGCCCCUUUAAUUAAAAUGUGAACUGGCUACUACUUACAUGGCUUAUCUGUUGCAAGAGAUUGAUAGCCAUACUAGGUCAGAGCAUUUCUUAUUUGGAGAAAUUAUUUAUUGUGUAUUGAUAAUACAUUAUGAGCAAUAAUUUAGUCAUUCUUUCAAACUGUUUUAGGUAAUUAAGAAAAUUAUAUAGUUUGCAUGUUUUUCAUAGUUUCAACUUUUUAUGAGCUGUUCAUGGUAUAGGUUUUGCUUUAUUUUUUUGUUCCUUUUUUCAAAGACUUCUUGAACGAAUUGUUGUUCAACAUUUUCUGUUAGAAACGAAAAUGUGUAAAAUAUGGUGUAAAUAAAUAAAAAACAAACUACGGUUAAACUGAACAAAAAAUAUUGAUUUUUUUUAAAUAUUACCAUUUUUUAACUGUUACUUUAUAACUUGAGAUCUAUACUGAAUUUCAUUCUUAUAAAAUUGAAUAAUGGAGUGGAAAACUCAAAUUUAAGCUAAAUAAUUGGAUGCAGAAAUUUACAGGGUCAUACUGUUUGUAAGCCUUGAACUUCAGCAUUCUGAUAAGAAAUUGAUAACAUAAAGUCCUUGACUUAAUUAAGGCAGACUGUCUGUCCUUAUAAUCUUUGUGAGCUUCUGAACUUUCAAAAGUUUUCGCUUGUCCAGCUGUUUUGAAAAGAUUAGGAGUAAAGAUGUUGACACUGCCUCGGUAUAGGCAAAACUUGCUAGUUGGCUGUAACUUUAAAGCUGCACUCUCACAGAUUAACCAUUUUUACAAGUUUUUUUAUUUUUUGUCUUGAAAAGAGCAAAUUUUUGCAUAAAUAUCUGCAAACAAAUGAUAAAAGAUUGCUGACAAAAAUCAGAUCGCAGAUUUGCAUAUUUCUGUUCGAAAGUUAAUGUUUUAUGGCUUAAACCGUUACUAACAGUUUAAGAAAAAUGCAUAAAACAUUAAAUUUUGAACUCAUAUAUAAAAAUUUGCGAUCUUAUUUUUUGUCAGCAGUCUUAUAUAACUGGUUUCCAUGGAUUUUUGCAAAAAUUGGCUCGUUCUAAGACAAACAAUAAAAAAAGUUGUCAAAGCGUUCAAUCUGUGAGAGUGCAGCUUUAAAACCUUUGAAGAUAUCAAGUAGAAAAUUGGUUGUGCUCAAUUGUAAUGUAAAAGUUAUGUUUUACAGUAUACCAAUGUUCAGGACGCUUUAAAUCUUUUUUAACCUCGCUAAGAUAUAUAUGUUUAAGAAGAUCCUUAUGCCAGUUUUAGUCGCUAUGUCAAUUUCACAUUGUCACUUAUAACAGCAUUACGUGGUCACAAUAAUUUUUGUGAUUUCAUCAUUUUGUGUUCUUUGUAGAUUUUAUGUACAUGUUGGCUUUAAAACUGAAGGGUACCCAUAUCACUUUCUGCUUAGGGAAUAGCAAUUAUAUAAGUGUCAAAUCUAAGUUGAAUUCUAUCUGUGCAAAAUGUACAAGACCUGAGGGCUUUUGCCUUUUUGGGCGGUCUACAUUUCGAAACUGUAUAGGUCUUCAGAAUUUCCCUCGGGCCCAUGAAUUUGAUUAUUGUAUGGGCCCAAAUGGGCUUUGCUUUAAAAAAAUCAUUUCACGCAAACUGUUUAUUACCUCACUAUAUAUUGAAAUUACUGUCAUAGUUAAAUUCUUUUGUUAUGCUUCAUUACAAUUCAAGAAUUGCAGGGGCGUAGCCAGCGGUACUCACUUACGCAUGUGCGUAACAUUAAUUUGAAAAAUGAAAAAAAAAGGCAAAAUUGCAUCAAAGUCGAGGGUUUAGCUAAAUAUUGAUAUCAGAAUAAGAUUAGCUUUAGUAGGCAUUGUUUCUCUGUGCUAGAUAGCUUACUGAGCUUAAAUCAAUCACUUGAUAACUACAAAGUCGGCAGCCUCGAACCUAUAAAUUCCUCCAAAAACUCAUCAGUGCUCAACAUGUUAGUUUCCUUUUUUUUCUCUGGGGAGCAUCCCCCUCCGAACACCCCUACGGCUUCAGGGAUAUUCCCACUCCCACACCCUCAUGCGUAACAUUCAGUAAAGCCUGGCUAUGCCCCUGAAUUGAUUAACUCAGAUUGAUUAAAGUCUAAAAAAAGACUACACAAUUUGAGUCUUAGUUGUGUUGAAUUUGAUGAAAACAUUUUCAUAUAGUGUUAAAACUUGUUCAUUUUUCUUUUUAUGAAUUUGGCAAUGUCACAAUUGCCUUUAACAUUCCACUAUAUUUCAAGUGCUGUUCUAUAUAUUAUUAUCUUUAAGUCAAGGUAAAUUGAAGUUGACCCCAUUUUCUAUUUAGAUUAAGUUAUCUUCACAAUAACAUUCAAAAAUUAGUAAUAUUUUAAACUAAAAUUGUCAAUGAAAUGAUGUCAAUACUUCUGAUAAAGUAAUCUGCUUGCAUCAAGUUGAAACUUAAGUUAUUUUUCUUUUGAAUCUGUAAAAAUAUUUGUCCAAUCUUAGAGCAGUUUCAUUAUACAGAAACUAGCUAAGAGUGAUUUUUUGCCCAGGAGAGAAUUUGAACAAUAGUGGGGUGGUUUUAUCAAAAAUCCUAGAAGUGAUUUUUACAUGAGAAAGGUUUUCAGGAGUUCAGUUCCAGUUUGAAAUCCUGUUUUAGAACAAAAUUAUUCCCAGGAUUAUUGAUGAAAGGAUCAUACCACAAGAUUUAUUUUUUCAAUCUGGGUAUGACUCUAAAGAUAGCAGGGUCAUUUGAUUUGGCCUUACUUUUCUUAGUCAUCUCUGGGUAUUCAAGGUGCUUUUUGACUAUUUGUUUUGCCAUAUAUAGCCACUGUUUGCCAUUAAAUCAAAGAUAAAUGUUUAAAUAAUAGAACUAACUUUACUAACUUCACUGGCAACAUUUCUAAAUCUCAGGUCUUAUAAUUGAGUGGUUUGCUUUAAAUUUAGCUUGAUAGAAAAAGAUAACAAAGUAGUUUAAUAACAUUUUUUGAUGUUAUUUAUCUCAUCCUUUUAACAUCUUUUGUCAGUGGUAAAAUUGAACACAAGCCUGCAAGCCCUGCACUGGUAAAAUGUCUAACGGGCUUACUUAAAUUCUGAAUUUUAUAUAGCAGGGCUUGUUAAAAAAAUUACAUGCCAAACAAUGGUAUAAGAGUUCGGGCUUAUUCAUCCAAAAGUCUCAUUUUGGUGACUGUUUUUUCAGUUAAUCAUUGAUAAUGUAUUGAAUGAUGAUUAUUUUAUGUAUAUGAAUAAGAACUGAAUAAUAUGCAAAAAUAUAAUCAAAGAAAACUAAGAUAUAUGCAAAAUUCUCCUAAUACAUGUAUGUCAUGGCCAUGUUGAAUAUUAAUGUUUUAUUUUGUACAUUUUUUUUUUAUAAUUGUGACUGCAUUUAGAAAUUUUCGCAUGUAUACUUAACUAAUAUAGAAAAGUUGACACUUAUUUUUUAUUAUUUUGUCAUUUCAGAAAAAUAUUUUUCACAUUUGAUAUUUUUAAAACAGGAAUUAAACUGGAAAAUUCUUGUUUGUGCACAUUAUCAGUUUAUUGGUAUAUCACUGUAAAGAAACAUUUCAUUUAAAAAAAAGAGGUAACUAAAGCUUUAUAUAAUAAUAUUUAGUUGCAUGGUUUGGUAGAAUUUAACACAUUGAGGGCUGAGCGGUAGACUGCACUAGCUGCUAACUUUAUACGUAGAAUUAAUGCAGUUUUAUGACAAGUCCUCAUCCUAGAAUUAGCCGUUGUCUUCACCUCUGUGCAAUGUACACUUAUGUGAUUCUUUUUCGUAUUUCAUUUGUUACUUCACCCUUUGUUUUUUCUUGGUGACUGCAAAAUUACGGGGUGAAAUGACUUUUGAUCUUUUGUGUUCUUGUGGUUGUGUUGUUUUUUUUCUCUCUUUUUGGAGUCUUGUCACAAGGUGUUAUUUUUUUACUUUAGGAAAUUCUUUAAUUAUCAUACCUUUGUUUGUUAAUUUCAUUGUUGAUGCACACAUCAGUAUUGUUAAUGAAUUCUAAUGAAAAGUAUCUAGAAAUACAGUACUGUUAAGACCAAACUUGACAGUAAGUGCACUUCUUGUGCACUCUUAGUUCACCAAACGUGUAGUCAAGUGUUUCUGGAGUUUUGCAGCUUGUGUAAAAUACAAAUAAAUUUAUAUUUUGUCCAAUAUCUUUGUUAACUAUACAACAGUAUUGUAUUGCAAAGUGUAAUCCUGUAUUGUAAGUAAAAAUGUAGAUAAAUCAUGAAAUUUAUAUUCAUUUCAAACAGAUAUCAGUUAAUGCAAGUUCAAAAUUUAUAGGACAUUAUGUUGUUAAUUGUUGUUAAUUAUAUGAUGAAAAUUUUAUUUUUCAAAUUGUAAAUGUCAUUGAUUAGAAGAUGAAUAAAAUAGAUUGUCAGUG